ACAGAUUUACACAACUGUGGAUAACGAGAGUAGUUUCAUGACGUUUUUCAGGAGUUACAAUUUCCUCUUUUCUGAGCGGUUUAUAACAAUUUAAUAAACAUAAGUAAUUGUAUUACAGUAUAACUAUUAGUAUUAUUAUUAGAAUUCACUGUUGAACAUUAAAAUAAAACUAAAGCUCGUGAUAACUAAUUAUAGACGGAAAUUUUUCUGAGCAAUAGAGAGUAGGUACAAAAGUUGUGGGUCAUUACCUUUAAGAAUUGGUCACCAUGUCUAGGCAACAUAAUGGUUCUGCUGGAGUAAGUGAACUAGAACAUCUUCAGAUGAAAGCUAAUCAGGUCACGAAUGAAUCUCUGGAGUCCACAAGACAAAUGCUGAUAUUAUGUGAAGAGAGCAAAGAGGCAGGGAUUCGAACACUAGUGGCCCUUGAUGAUCAAGGAGAACAACUUGACAGAGUUGAGGAGGACAUGGACAAGAUCAAUGCAGAUAUGAAAGAAGCUGAAAAAAAUCUAACAGGAAUGGACAAAUUUUGUGGUCUCUGUAUUUGCCCUUGUAAUAAAGUCAACAAGUUUCGGGAAGAUUCUGGCACUUGGAAAGGUAAUGAAGAUGGAAAGGUUGUAAGCAACCAACCAGCACGUAUAAUGGACAAUAGAAAUGGAACCGGUCCCACUGGAAACUAUAUAACAAAAAUUACAAAUGAUGCUCAUGAAGAGGAAAUGGAGGAAAACAUGCAACAGGUAGGCACAAUAGUUGGAAAUCUUCGAAACAUGGCUAUUGACAUGGGAAGUGAAAUUGACUCCCAGAACCGUCAGUUAACCAGAAUCAAUCAAAAGGCAGAAUCAAAUGAAAUGCGUAUUGAAGGUGCUAACAAGAAAGCUCAUAAGCUGAUGAAGUGAUGAUUUUCCCAAAUUCUGUAUCACAUUCCAGGCACAGUCAAACGAAUCACGGAUAACCAUUGCUAACCAGAAAGCCACAAAGCUCCUCAAGGAUUAAAAGAGAGAAACUCAAGACUGUGGAUGUGAAAAUUUCUUCUGUGUUUGAAGCUACUGCAGUUUGUGUAAAUCCUCGCUUGUUUUAAAAAAAGGCAGUGGGUAUGAUACAUAUAGGUGUUGUCAACUGCUACUUCUUGCUGACUUUGCUUUUGUCCUAAUCAUGUUGUAUUAGAUCAGUAAUUAAGUUGGUUUGUAUUUGUAACUUGAGUUUGCUUAAAUGCUUAUUGUUGCAUGUAUCUUAGUGAGCUGAAUUGAUAAAUUUAAAAGAACAUGGGUGAUUUAGGAAUUGCUCAUUAUUCUUAAAAUUGUAGCAUAAUUUGUUUUAUUUAUUAAGCAAAAACAUUCAAGUAUUAUACAUUUUGAUUUAAAAAAUCAUUUUCAAUUAUUUUUCCAUUGUUCACGUAUCUGUUUCACAGAAACUCAAAGAAUAUGACAGUUGUUGUUUAUAAUAAUUUCUGUCAUUUUAGCAACCUGUACAUCUAGUAGCAUUUUGUGUGGUUAAUUCUGUGUAUUCAAGACAUCACUGCAAUCAUAGUGUUUAUUAGUAUUACUUGGAGGAUCCAGGUUUAUUUCAUGUUGCCAUUACACGUGCAUUUGAUUUGAAAGUUGUUUUUUUUUUAGGUGAUUUAAAUCUCUAUUAUCACUUAAUGCACUUGUACCAUUCUGCUGUUUAAGUUAGUUUGUCAAUAAUCAUAAAAUUAGUAGAACCAAGGAUGUACUUACAAGUUGAUCUGUCAGGGUUUUGUAGCAUUUUCUCAUGUACAGAGGGAGUUAUAAUCACUUAAAGAAAGAAUUUCUUCACAAUUUAAGAAAUCCGUUGCUAGAUAUAAUUUUCAUGUCGUAUGAUGUUCCAAACUGUCUUAUAAAUUCUCAAGAUUCUAAUUUUAAAAUCAAACCAAAGGUUCUCAUUUAAUGAACUAAUUAAACUCGAGGAUCAUAGUUUCCUUUCAUACAAAGGUUUUGUGUAUAUAAAUAUUAAUUGUUCUUGCAGUAAAAUAAACCCAGGCAGUUUUACCUUUGAACUUUCACUACAUUUUAAGUUAACUAGGCUGUUUAAGGUUGUUUUUUUUAUUGUGCAUUGAUAAGUUUUGUAUAUAUUUGUACAAAAUGAAAAAAUUAUUCUAAUAAUGGUUUCUCAUGUGUAGGUUGUUUGAAGUUAAAAACAGAUAGUUUCUUCAAAUUUAUAGUGCAUGUUUUAAAGCAAGCUCAUUUGUUAACACCUUAUUUCAAGUGAUGGAGCUGAGCACUUAAAGUGCUUAUAUUUGAAUAAUUUUCAACUAGAGUAACUAAAUACUGGAUGGAAAAAAUAAAUUCUUCUGUAUUCUUUCAUAAUGUUGAGGAAUAUCAAGUAUAUUCAUGUUGCAUAAAACUCUGGGUUAUUCCCAGUAAAUUCUAUAUUUAAGUGCUUUACUUGGUUGUAAAAAUAUUUUUACCAGUGCCUAUUAUUGGCAUUUUUAUGUUUUAUCGAUGUUAUUUCAGUUUUAUGUUUUGUUACAUAUGAAGUAUUUAGGUCAAGAAGCAAACAUUGAUUCUGUUAUUCAAUUUAUAUUUAAUUUUGAUCUCAUAGAUGAAAGAAUUUGUUAAGGAAAUUAUGCACCAUUGCAUCAUUCUAGUGUUAGAUUAAGAACCAGUACAAAGAAAAAGGGGGGGAUUAUAAAGUUUUUUUGUAAGAUAUAAUAUUAGUUUUCACUGUUGAGUAAGUGACUCAGUUUAUACAACAACAUAUAUAUAUUUGUAAUUGACCAAUUCAGUUUUGUAAAUAUUAGAAUAAUUUAAUACAAAUAAAGGAACAGAGUUCAUACACUUCCAUAAUAACAAGUGACUUAAAAAGCAUCCAACAAAACAGUUCUAACAACACAGUUAUAAUAAGGGACUUAUAUCUGAGUACAGUUGAAUUUAAAGAUAAUUUCAUAUCUAUAGUUGCUUUACAUCUGGUAUCCCUCUGUGUUUACUAUAAUUAAUCAAUUAGAAGAUUCUUUUUCUGUAAAAAUCAUUUUGAACUACAAACUUAAUAGAAAAACAUUUCUAUUCUGGUUAAAAUAAAACUUUAAUCACUGAGAAUUUUUUAUAACAAUUUUUUUUCAUGAUAUUUUACAGUUUUACUGGUCUUUUUUGAGAAACAGAAUGGUGCUUUGAAUUCUACAAAAUUUCUUAGAACAGCUAGUUCUCAUCACUUAAGUCAAUUUCUGUACAUUCCAUAGUAGCACAGGUGUGUAAAAGAUCACAAGUCAUCUCUUACUUGGGUUAAACAAGUCUGUACAGUUACCUAUGAGUAAAGGAAACCGUAAUACUUCUUCAUGCGAGUGUAGACCAUGGAAGUAACAAAUAUGAUUGUAACUGUUCUGUAGAAUUUUGUAAAAUAGUGUAUCUUAGCAAUGAGAUUCAGUUAUAAGUAUCGAGGCAUUAUUAGGUGUCAAUUGGGAAAAGUUGUUCCUAGGUACUCAGUUAAACCUUGUGGUUGUUUCAACCUCACAUCUUCAAGUGUGUACUUAAGAGACACAGAUACCUAGUCAUUGAUAUAUAGGGUUGCCUUUUAGAAAAACAUGAGAUACCUAAUUAUUUUUAAUAAACAAUUUAAUAUCUUCACAUUUUUUGGGGAGUACAUUUUGAAAGCAAAAAAAAUGUUUAUAAAAUAUUUUCAACAUACUUUAUGGUAUUUGUAUUAUACAAGGCUUACUAGCAACAGUGUUUUCAGAAAGAAUGCAUUUUAUUUUCAGGUUCAUAAUUUAUAAAUUUUCAUUUUGAAUUAUUAGUUGGCUUUAUAUCAGUUUCUGAUGUUUCAACAACCAGAUAACAUAAUAGAAAGAACUUUAACAGGCCUGAUUUAAGAUGGUUAUUAAUUUAUCUGUCUUUUAUAUACCUAAUGUCCAAGCUAGAUUUUUCACUUUUAUUUUGAAAUGAUUAAAUUAUAUUUCAGAAUGAGAUGUCAUUUUUCUGUCUAAUAUUGUAGUAUUAUCCCUCUGUUAGACACAUAAUGUUAUUGUAAGUCAAAUUAUUUUUAUGUUUGUAAGACUAGAAUAUCUUUGGUGAUGAUCUCCUACAAGCCUUAGCGUUUUAAGUUGUCUGUGUAUUUUUUUUUCAAUGGUAGGAAUCUAUAUAACUGUGAAGUACAGCAGUUAAUUUCAUUAUAUAUUUAUUUUUAAAAGAAAAUAUUGUUUUGGGUUUUUACAAUUAAACUUAUGAAGCCUCUCUCAUAAUACAACUUUGAACCUCAUUAUUUAUAAAUGUAUAAUUGGAGUGGUCUAAAAGUACCAGUAUUGGUUAAAACCAGUUUUCUUAUCAUUAUGUUUGAUAUAAUAAAAACUGUGUAUUUAAAGUGUUGGAAUUAACUUCACUGUUUGUGUCAUGCACUGUGUGUGGAGUUUUAUCAUGCAUAGGACAGAAAUACUUAAAUUAGAAAUUGAGUUUCCUCAAAUUUGUGGAAGAUAAAAUGUAAAAAAUAUAUAAUGAGUUGUUUUUAUUGUUGCAUUUAAUUGCUUUAAUCUGAGCUUGCAUAUCAUAAUUUUUCUAGUGAUUUGAUUAUGUGAAUGUGUAAAAAUUCCUGAUUUAUUUCAUUGAACACUGUGAUUAAACAAAAGGAUAAAAUCCUCACCCUGAAUCCAAAAUUUUGAGAAGUGCUAUUUCAUAAACUGAAAUUCACCCUCUAAUGAUACUAUAAAUUACUAAGUGUCCUCAUCCAUGGAAAGAUCACUUUUUAAUUGUUAAGAACUUUAAUAAGGAAUUUGUUCAUGAUGUUCAAAAGUUUCAGUGAUGAACAAAAACAAAUGUAAAAAAUGAAGAAUUAUCUUUAGAAAAUGUGUUGAUGAAUAGUAAUUUGUUAUAAAUACUGUAAUAAAAUCAAUCUGAAAAUGUUAAGCCAAAGAGAAAAAGAACCAUCUAUUUUUAUAUUUCCAAUUGUAUUAUUUGUGUAAAGAUUUCUGAAUAUUCAGAUCAAUAUCUUUUUUUCUUUGAGAACUAACUAUGUUACUAAAAUUUAGAAAACAUUGCAAGUAUCAUUGUAAUAUGGUCAAUUUAAUGUUGUAUCUCAAUCACGUUUUUCUUUACAUUUAAUUUUGUUUUUAAGUUAAUUUUUCAAUGCCAAGGUCCAUGAUUUGUAAAUGUUUCACAGAAAACUUUAAUUAUGGUACUAUAGGAACAUGUUAGAUAAAUGUUAACAAGUAAUACAAUACAAUAAUAAUAAUACAAGUAAUAGUUUAAAUUCGAUGACGAGGGACCCACUUUGAGACUAAUAAUGCUUGGAGGUGGCUUGAAUGGGUAAUGAAGAAAAACUUUAAUAUAAGUUUAAUAUAACAGCAAAUGUACAACUUUAACUAUGAUAAGUAAACCUUUUCGAAAUGUUGUACAUUUGCUGCUAUGUUAAACUUAUAUUAAAGUUUUUCUUAAUUACCCAUUCAAGCC